CCAUUUCACAAUCAAUUAUUGUUUUUCUUUGUAAGUUUCUUCUUGUUUCGUGUUCCCUGUUUCUAUUCUUUGGUUUCUUACCUUCCCCCUCCUACUCUCCUCUUUUCUAUGUGACCGACAAAUCUGGGCUUAUAUAGAACAUACACAAAACUUUCUUACUAAUGAACUCAAACUCAUAAACACCGACUGUCGGAAAUGGCUGACAACAGAAAAAAGCCUUUGCAUAUAGCAAUGUAUCCCUGGUUUGCUUUUGGUCAUCUUACUUCUUUCCUCCAUUUAGCUAACAAACUUGCGGAGAAACACCAUAAAAUCUCCAUUUUCCUUCCAACUAAAACCCAGACCAAACUAGCCUCCCACAACCACCACCCCAACCUCAUCACUUUCAUCCCCCUCACUCUUCCAACUGUACCAGGGCUACCUCCUGAGGCGGAGACAACCAAUGAUUUGCCACCCUCGGCAUGGCCUCAGUUAAUGGAUGCAAUGGAUAUGACUAGAGACAUCAUUGACUCCCAUCUGUCAAAUCUCAAGCCUGAUUUUGUGUUCUAUGACUUUGCCUUUUGGCUACCUGAGGUAGCCUGCAAGCAUGGUUCAAAGUCCAUUUGUUAUUACGCAACCUACUUAGUGAAUCUUGCUUAUGGUCACCCGCGCAGUAGAAAUCAGCCUGCAAACCAUCAGUUUACAGAGGCUGAAUUGAUGCAGCCACCGCCUAAUUCUCCUUGCGAAGCUGUUAGGCUACUGGGCUGUGAGGCCCGGGAGUUGUCACGUGUAUUCAAAUUUGAAUUUGGUGGAGGGAUAUCGUUCUUAGAAAGGAUUACCAUCUGUUUUGAAGCAGGAGAUGCUCUUGCUGCUAAGACUUGUAGGGAGAUGGAAGGAACUUAUUGUCACUUUGUUCAACAGAUUUUGAAAAAGCCAGUCCUUGUGAUAGGGCCUGUGGUGCCUGAAUCACCAGCUUCCCAGCUUGAUCAUCAUUUUGAUUGUUGGCUAAAAGAGUUUGGCAGUGCUAGUGUCAUCUAUUGUGCUCUUGGAAGUGAGCGUGUCCUAGAUAAGGAUCAGUUUCAGGACCUUGUUCUAGGAUUGGAGCUCACAGGUAGGCCAUUCCUGGCGGCCCUGAAGCCACCUACAGGUUACAAAACAAUAGAGUCAGCCUUACCUUCCGGGUUUGAAGAGAGAACAAAAGGAAGGGGAAUCGUGCACGGAGGUUGGGUACAACAACAGCUGAUCUUACAACAUCCUUCAGUGGGAUGUUUCGUGACACAUUGUGGAGCAGGAUCUCUAUCAGAAGGUAUGGUAAGUGAAUGUCAACUAGUGUUUUUACCUCAAGCAGUGGAUCAGUUCCUGAAUGCAAGGUUGAUGAGCUUAGAAUUGAAGGUUGGAGUGGAGGUUCAAAAGCAAGAGAAUGAUGGUUUCUUCACCAAGGAGGCUGUUAAUAAGGCGGUGUCGACGGUGAUGGAAGAAGGAAAUGAAAUUGGGAAAGAGGUGAGGUCUAACCAUGCUAAAUGGAGACAGUUUUUGUUGUGGGAAGGUCUUGAAGAGUCUUAUAUGAGUAGCUUCAUUCAGAGCCUGCAAGAGUUGCUUUGAUGAUUUUAAAAUGUUAGUUGAACAGAAUGGGGAAGUAGUAGCAGCAACAAUAAAAAGAGAGUAACAAAUAAUUCAUACUUCCUCCUUCAAUUAAACAUGACACGUGACACUCUCCACCUUCAAUUAAACAUGUGUUAUACCAUGUCAUCCACACAGAUGUCAUCUAUAUACAUUUAAAAGUUAGAUUUAUAUAAUUUGCAUAAGAUUCGAACA